AUGAUUACAACCUCACCUGGUGCGGCGCGGUCUCAAAGAAAUUAUGGAAGAGCAAUUCGUGACAAGCACGGCGAAUUGAUGGGUGACAACAUCAUUGGAAUCUACCUCUCUGAAAGACCUUUCCAUUCCUCAUUCCCGAGCGAGGCCGUUGUUGACGAAGCCGAGACCAUCGACGAACUCCAUGACGCCACCGCCGCCGAACUCGGGCGCUUUGUCGAUCAUCAAGACAAAUUUCAGAACCCACUGCUGCUUGGGGCCGGCUUGCAUGGUGUCGUGGUUCUGGCAGAUAUCAAGGGUGUAAAAUAUGCUCUGAAAGUGUUCAAGAAAUGGAAGCAACCCGGCCCCGUCUUCUACCGAUACGAGGAUGCAGUCAGAAUGACGCCACUCGCGAACGAAUGCCGCGCAUUUGCACGUCUAAACUCGCACAAUGAAAAUGGCACUUGGGCUGCCAGAUGUUAUGGAUGGAUGAAAUUGUCCGAUACACAAUUCGAGGUGAUAAGUCGUGUUGUCGAUUCUCACGGUCUGAGUCGUUGGGCUGUUGUCAAGGAAUAUCUGCCGAUGCCCACAGAAGGGUGUCAUUUUGAUGAAAUGCGCGACAAGCUGAAAAUUCCAGGGAGGCUGCGGAUAUAUCCUCAAGAUCUUCGUCUCGAAAAUUGCAGAGGCGCAAAGGUUGUCGACCUCUCUUCAACCUUGACUGCCCCCUGUGCAGAAUGGUCGGAGUUUGAAUUCAACUUCUUUUUUUCUGAGAUUGCUCCCUGGAUGUUUACAAACGUACAGCUAUGA